AAACAUGGUCUUAAUUAUCGUCUCUUCGACACGACCCUGCCUGCAAAUAUCCCCACAGAACCCACAACCCCCUCCCGCCCGAUGGCCGCCUCUCCGCGCCGCCACCGCCGCCACCGCGACGACGACUCCCCGCGACGCCGAAAGCGCCGCUCGUCCCCGUCCCCCUCGCCCGACGCCGAGGCGGACGCCGACCGCCGCCGCAGAUCUAGGGCUGCCCCUCCCGACCCCGACCGCCGCGACGCCAAGCCAUCCGGAGAAAACGGCCACGCCAAGCCUGGCGGAGAUGCCGACGCCGACGUCCUGCCCCGGCGUGCUAGGGUUUCCGACGGGGAGGAGGAGGACGGCCGCCGGCGGAGGCGGGCUAGGGCUUCGGAUGAUGAGAGGGACGACCGUCGCAGCAAGCGCGACCGGGAUAGGGACAGCCGUCGCCAACGCCGCCGGAGUCCCAGCUCGGAGUCGGGAUCCUCACCCGACGACCGCCGCCGCCGCCGUCACCACCGCCGGGAUGAGGGUUCGAGGCGCAGGGAUGACCGCAGGCGCAGGGAAGACGACCGUGACGAGCGCCGUAGGAGCCCUGAGAAGAGGGAGCCGACGCCACUGCCCCCGCCGCCGCCAUUGCUUCCGGAGAUGAUCCCCGGGCGCACGGGUGGGAUCUACAUCCCGCCUUUCCGCAUGGCUCAGAUGAUGCGGGAGGUGGAGGACAAGUCGAGCCCCGAGUACCAGCGUCUCAGCUGGGAUGCUCUCAAGAAGAGCAUCAACGGGCUUGUAAAUAAGGUGAAUGCGACCAAUAUCAAGAAUAUAGUGCCGGAGCUCUUUGCUGAGAACCUUGUUCGUGGGCGGGGGCUCUUCUGCCAAUCGUGCAUCAAGUCACAGAUGGCCUCUCCUGGGUUCACAGAUGUGUUUGCUGCUCUUGUUGCGGUUGUGAAUACCAAGUUCCCUGAGAUUGGACGCUUGCUUCUUGUUCGUGUUGUGCUCCAGCUCAAGAGGGCAUAUAAGCGAAAUGACAAGCCUCAAUUGCUUGCAGCAACCAAGUUCAUAGCACACUUGGUUAAUCAGGUGGUGGCACAUGAGCUCGUGGCACUGGAGCUUCUUACAGUACUUCUAGAGAAUCCAACUGAUGAUAGUGUUGAGGUAGCAGUGGGAUUUGUUAAAGAAUGCGGGGCAAUAUUGCAGGACUUGUCUCCACAAGGGCUUCAUGCUAUUUUUGAAAGAUUUCGAGGCAUUCUUCAUGAAGGAGAAAUAGACAAGCGCGUGCAGUUUUUAAUUGAAGGCCUUUUCGCAAUCAGAAAGGCUAAAUUUCAGGGAUUCCCAGCCAUCCGUCCAGAGUUAGAUCUUGUGGAGCAGGAGGACCAGUUUACGCAUGAGAUAUCCCUUGAAGAUGACCUAGAUCCCGAGACCAAUCUAAAUGUUUUCAGGGCAAACCCAAAUUUUGUUGAAGAUGAGAAGGCAUAUGAGAACUUAAAGAGAAGCAUCCUGGGAGCAGAAUCUUCUGAAGAUGAAGAAGGAUCGGAUGCUGCAUCUGAUGAUGAGGAUGAUGAAGAAUCUGAUGAAGAAGAUGACGAAGAGCAGAUGGAGAUAAGGGAUAGAACUGAGACCAAUCUUGUGAAUCUUAGAAGAACAAUAUAUUUGACUAUUAUGUCCAGUGUUGAUUUUGAAGAAGCUGGUCACAAGCUUAUGAAAAUUAAACUCGAGCCUGGUCAAGAGAUGGAGCUGUGUAUUAUGCUUCUUGAGUGUUGCAGUCAAGAGAGAACAUACCUUCGAUAUUAUGGGUUGCUAGGACAGCGAUUUUGCAUGAUCAAUAAAGUGUACCAAGAGAACUUUGAAAAAUGUUUCGUUCAGCAGUAUUCGAUGAUUCAUCGUCUUGAAACAAACAAGUUGAGGAAUGUUGCCAAGUUUUUUGCACAUUUGUUGGGGACUGAUGCACUCCCUUGGCAUGUUUUGGCUUACAUCCGGUUGACAGAGGAAGAUACGACAUCAUCUUCUCGAAUUUUUAUAAAGAUUCUAUUUCAGGAAUUAUCGGAGCAUCUUGGCAUACGCCUACUCAACGAGAGACUGAAUGAUCCUACAAUGCAAGGUUCCUUUGAGUCGAUCUUCCCAAAGGAUCAUCCGAAGAAUACAAGGUUCUCUAUCAAUUUCUUCACGUCCAUCGGUCUUGGGGGUAUCACAGAGAGCCUGAGGGAGUACUUGAAGAACAUGCCACGCCUUAUAAUGCAGCAGCAGAAGCCUGCAUCAUCUGAGUCAGAAUCAGCUGGAUCUGAAUCUGGUUCAGAAAGCUCCGGCUCAGGGUCUAGUUCUGAGUCCGAGUCCGAGUCAAGCUUGGAUGAGAGCGACAAGAGACGAAGUAAGAGAAGGAAGAGGACUUAAGUUCGCCUCCAACUGUGCUUAUUGAAUUGCCAUCUUCGGUUUUGUUCAGAUUAGCUUUUUUACUUGGAUCAUCCUAUAUUGCGUAUGUAUGUGCAAUAUGAGAUCUAGCUGUUGAUGUGUUCAAUCAUAACCAGAAAAGCUGUAAUCUUUUAAAAUAUUAGCUGAGCUUGUACCAUGUGGUACCUUGUCCUGUGAUCGGGUGGUGACGAGUAUAAGCAAGAAAAGGCUACCAGGAUAAAUCUUAGUUCUCUUCCACAUUUUUUUAGGCACUAGUUUUGUACGUUGAGAAUUUGUUAUCCUAAGGGCCUGUACCGUUGCAAUGGCAUACUGAAAUGUUUUCCGUGUUAUGAAAUCUGAUAAGAUCUAAGAAUCAAGGUAUCUAGAGCCUUGCUCGUGUAA